CUGGGACCUCUACUGAAUUAGAUAAAAUGUCAUAUCCCCCAAUCUGCAAGUUGUUCUCUAUGUUUUCCCAUAGCAAAUCUAAUGAUGCAGUUGAAGUAGCUUUACUUUGGAUUGAUCAGAUGGCUGCUCGUUGGCAUUUCGUUUCCAUUCCGCGGAAUGUGGGUUCCUAAUCCCUAGAAAAUGAAGAAUGACAUCCAACCCCAUUGCCUGAUCACGCUGCUGACUUAGGCGGAUCAAGUUCAUCUGAAAUUAUCAUUGGAGGUAUGCUAAUGAAGCCGACGCGUGCUCCCUACGUCAAACAAUCAUCGAUCAAAGCGCACAAGAGGGGUUGGACAGGAAGAUUUGCACCUCUUAUCUUGUCUAUCAGACAUGGUCGUUCCGCAGAUCGGCCGCGUUUCUAACACGCGAUAGAAUCUGGACUGCUAGGGUUCCUCCUGUUCCUCAGCUUGCUCAUCCCACAUGUUUGAAAUCAUACACAUGAGAACAACUCGGCUGAUUUCUGCGUUUACUUGCAGGUUAGUCGACUUCUGCGCAGCAGUAUAGUUCUUUGAACCAAACAAGCACCGCCCAAUUGCAAGCCAAUUAAUAUUCAAGACGACCAGGGCAAACGCUGAGUUUCCCCACUUACGUUUUGGUUAGAGCACGCGUGAGAGAAUCUGGUGGCGGCAUUGCGUCACGGCAAUCGAGUGACAAAAUCACCACUGAAAGAGCGAAGGAGCAGUUCAUCAAGGGUCGCCGGCCAGAGACAGGUGUCGGCGUCUAUCUCUCACGUCACGUUUUGCAACUCUUUCAACGGAAGAAACACUGAGCAACAAUGUGAAGAAACAUUUUUUACAAAAAGCAAGGAAGUGUUAAGAGCCUUUUUAUAUUCCAUUCAAAGUUAUUUCGGAAAGAGCUUCUAGAUGAUGGCAACGGCUGAGGAGAUGGUUUUUGAUUACUUUAAAAACAAUAAUCUUUCAGUGGAAAUCGAAAAUGUCACGAAGAAUGGGACAGACAAUGGUACGUCACUUUCUGACUACGCAUUUUCCUUUCCUACUGAACUGAUUCCUGUAGUUGUUAUUUACGGGUUAACGUUCAUAUUGGGAGUUAUUGGUAAUGUUCUGGUGAUCUUUUCCAUUGCCUGGUACAAACGUAUGCGGAAUAUCACCAACUUGUUUCUACUGAGUUUGGCGGGUGCAGAUUUACUGCUGGUGAUACUGUGCGUUCCUAUAAAGCUUGCAGUAAAUUUUUCGUUCACCUGGGAAUUUGGUGAGGCCGUUUGCAAACUGGUCCAUUACAUGCAGAAUGUCUCCAUGAUCUGCUCCGUUUUGACGCUGACCGCCAUGAGCCUAGAGAGAUACUACGCAAUUCUACAUCCAAUAGAGGCCCGGCAUGUUUGCACCAAACGUCACGCCAAGCUGGUGUGCAUUGCCGUAUGGGUGGCAUCGUUCGUGAUGGCAACCCCCAUUCUCAUAGGACAGACUCACCUACAAGUCGGAAAACCCCCAGUUGUUGGUUAUUGGUGCCUUAAGGAUUGGUCUGCGCAGCACUGGGAUAUCCUAUAUGAAGUCUACAUGCUGUUGGUCAUCUUCUGCAUCCCGGUGGGAGUUAUGGUGUUUGCCUAUUGUAACAUCAUAUCAGAAGUGUGGGUGGUCACUGGUCGGAGGGCUUCCAUGAGGUCUGGGGAAGCAAACGGAAUCUCACUGCCCUGUAAGAAGGAAUCGAUUCCAAUGACAGACAUGAAAAAGAACAAGAGGCAAAAAAAUUCCGCAGUGGGACACAGACAGCCAAACGCUGAAGAUGUUUCUACGCGAAAGCAGGUCAUCAAAAUCUUAGUUGCCGUCAUAGUAUUGUACAUCAUCUGUUGGGGACCUGUUCUUUUCAACAACCUCUUGACCGCAGUGGGUGUUCUAAGGCGUCUAAAUUAUGGCUACCUCAAGCCAAUGCGCCAGGCGUUCUAUAUUAUGAGUUACUUCAACAGUUGCGUCAACCCAAUCGUUUACGGUUUCAUGUCGAAAAACUUCAGGAAGAGUUUCAAGCAAACCCUUUGUAUGUGUUGGUGCGACCGUCAGUCAAAAAACACCCUAAAACGGACCUGUGUUGAGCAGACGACAUAUAGUUCCACUGUGACCAGAUGGGACAGCACAGCUGCGGCAGCCUACCAUAAGCCGGAAUCGCCAAUACCGUCGGAUGUGUGACAGUCUUAAAGAUAAAAUCCAAUCAAGUUAUGUCUCACAUUAUCGUGAAGUUGAAUUGGAGAUUUGUGCCCAUUUUUGUCGAAUUCAGGCAAAAUGGUCUGAGGUAGACGGGUAUAGUAAAUGCGACGCAGUUAAGCACUUAAAACCCUAAAGUCGAUAUGCUGAGGAGAGCUAAACUUGUUUCGUAUGGUGAGAUUGAGGAUAAAACCAAAUUACGUUCCUCUGCAGGUUUCGGAAAGUAAUCAUCUCUAGCGAUUAUGUCUAAUUGUGUCCCUGGAGUUUGGAAGUCUGUGCUGUAACGCAUAGCCCGUUUGAACUUACAGUGUAUUCUAUACAAACUGAAAAUAUUUAUAGAAAUAUAAAACAGUGGUGUAACGGGAAACGAUCCUUAUCAAGGUUCGAAAGGAUUCAUUUAUUCAAGUAGCUAUGCAAGGUUUGUGUAAUAUCUAAGUGUACAGAUGUGAAAUAAGGCUAAAAUACAAAAUGUAAAGUCGAAUGAUUUUAAGGUUGGGUUAUUAAGCCUAUCCUGAAAAUGUUGGGAGGCUCAGUUUUGCAUAAAUGCCGAUAUGGAUUCUUGAUUAUUUUUGGAAUAAACUUUUGAGCGGCGUUCUACAUGUGUACAUCUACAUAAAUUGCGAUGAGUGGGCAAUGUUAAAUAAUGUUUGUUUGAAUGAAUUUAUAUAUGAACAUCAAAGCAACAAAAACAUGUAUAUACACUGGAGUAAGAUAGAAAUGGAUAUAACAUUUCCAAUCUAAUACUCUAUUAGACUAUGUACGAAGAAAAAAAGUAAACAUAUUCACAAUGGAUAAAGUUAUAGAGGUCAAAAAUCGUAUUACUAAUCAAAUGUUAUCAAACUGUGUGUUCAUUUUAUGUGUAUUAUUCUGUUUGUACAUAACACUAGAUUGCUUUUUACGUCCGAAGCAAAACCUGAUUGCGUAAUGUGUCCAUAAAACAAUGAACUUCGAAUUCUCCACUGAUGUACGACACUGGCGUUUGAUAUAUAGCAGACAUGGGUGCACCUUCACUUUCUCCCAGAUCUGAUUACAAAAAUGUACAAUUGGAGUCACAUUUAACGGGUGCCAUCGUCUGUAUUUUUAAGCAAAGACAAAACGACCCUUACCAGAUUAAUACUUAAUAAUUGUAAUAUUCUGAACCUGGUUUACAUAAGUAAAGCAUACUUUUUUCAGAUGCUGUUAUAUGAACUGAACGUGCACCACUAUAUUCUCAAUAAUGUACAAAAGUGUUUCAAUAAAUCUGUAUGUUGUACCUUGUAAAUAAAUGCUAUCGUGAUCAACAUCCCGCUUUAAAUC